AUGGUUUCAAAACCACGCGAGUUGCUACUGCAGCAGCAAGAAAGGCGGCUGCACGCAUGCGUGCAACCGAAGGGAGUACUCCUCACGCCUCAGCAACAGGCGGUGCCUGUUGUGAACAGUCCACGUGGUGAGUCACCAGAUGGUACAGAUACAUCCGCUGCGUCUGCAGAGGGUACUGCGAAUCGCGAUGUAGAUGAGCCUAAAAUAGAGAUCAUCUAUUCUGGCGAGUUAGAUGAUGUAUCCGACUCGAAGGCGACACCUCACACCUCCGGACCAUCCGGGAUGAACACUGCAAGAGCCAGGUUGACUAGCGCUGGGGAACGUGGCGGAAUCACGUCCGCGAUCUUCGGACCGAGCGAUUGCUCCGACGAAUCUCCGCCUCACGCAAGUCCAUCCAACGAUAGGACGCGUGGGGAUGGUGGUGAUGCAACCAUGCAUCACCACAAGAGAAGAAAAUCGAGGAAUCGGAUGCCACUGGUGCCAGUGCUCAUGCUGGCACCAAUCAAGAGACCAGGGACCGAAAUGUACUGUGCCACGCUCCCCAAGUGGAGUCUCCGUUCGAUGCCGCCAUCCAGAGAAUUGGACCGGUUGGCCGGCACGACUACCGAACGGGAUAGAAUCCCGUUGUUCGAUUGCAGGAAGAUUUGCCCACAUGAUUCCAGCACGGAAACUAUCUGUGCUGAGGAAGAAUUUUUCACCGAUGCGUUUUUCAAACAUCGGUGGUACAAUGGUAGCCGUAUUCGAGACGGAAAGGCCGUGGUGCAAGGAUGGAAUGCCCUCAUCCAGAACAUCGAGUGUAUUGGCCGUGAGGCCUGGCUCGCCAAACUUGAUGCAGCUCGCAUCAGGUUUAAGAAACACAACCCAGACGGGGCGCAAUACAAGUUGCACCGACUGUCAAAAGAGGCAGGAUUACCCUGUAUCUCGUGGGUUGAUUCAAGUCAAUGCUGUCUGGAUAACUCGAACCGUGCCCCUAGGGAGGCCUACCUCCCUAAUAAUCCCUACUGGAGGGCGCGCAUCUCUUCCGAGAUAGCCGAAGGGAUUGACACCUUGCAAUCCCUGUACUCUCGUUCGGGGAGGUCGUCUUCCGAUGGCCUUUAUUCAAGCGCAGCGGGUGGGUCUUUUCGUACUGCUCGACGAGACCAAGGACAUCAACAAUCAGCUAGACACGAGGCUCCCAGCUGUCCCACGUCGGUGAAUAGCCACGCCAGCCGACGCGGUAACUCGUCCGGACGCCAUUCACAUCGCAAUGGUUUAAAAUACGCUCCACCAGGAAGCGUUGACCACUGCUUGAGUCCACCAAAGGAUGUGGUGGCGGCGGGAACACCUGAUCCGGCCUGA